CAGUUCUCUUUCUUGCGCUCCUGUGCGUCUGCCUCGGACCUUGAAAAAUCUUCACACAUUAAAAAAAAUCUCAAACGAAUUUUGGAAAUGGAGUUCCCCACUCUUCCUCCCGACGCUGUUGGUGAUUUUACGGAGCGCUACUCGGUCUCUGCAACUCCUUUAAAUAUUACAUUCUCCGAUAAUCUCCUGCCUUCAAGUAGCAACGAGACCAUCAGGGCUGCAACAAGGGACACCACAAAUCUCAUCAUCGCCGUUUGUAUCACGGCUCUGUACUCUCUCAUCUGCGCGGUGGGACUGGUGGGAAACGUCCUUGUGAUGUACGGGGUGGUCAGAUACACCAAGAUGAAGACCGCCACCAACAUCUACAUCUUCAACUUAGCCCUGGCGGACGCUCUCGCCACCAGCACCCUCCCCUUCCAGAGCGCCAAGUACCUGAUGAGGACAUGGCCCUUCGGGGAGCUGUUGUGUAAAGUGAUCAUUGCCAUCGACUAUUACAACAUGUUCACCAGCAUCUUCACGCUCACCAUGAUGAGUGUGGACCGCUACAUCGCUGUUUGUCAUCCCGUGAGGGCCCUGGACUUCCGCACGCCUGCCAAAGCCAAGCUCAUCAACGUCUGCAUCUGGAUCCUCUCCUCUGCCGUCGGAGUCCCUGUGAUGAUCAUGGCAGUUACCAAAGUGACAGAUAAUGGCAGCACAGCCUGCACACUCAAAUUCCCAGAAUCUGAAUGGUACUGGGACACGGUGAUGAAAAUCUGCGUGUUCAUCUUCGCCUUCGUGGUGCCCGUCCUGGUCAUCACCAUCUGCUACGGUCUGAUGAUCCUGCGGCUGAAGAGUGUCCGCCUGCUCUCUGGCUCCAAAGAGAAGGACAGGAACCUGCGGCGGAUCACCCGAAUGGUCCUGGUGGUGGUGGCAGUCUUCAUCAUCUGCUGGACUCCAAUCCAUAUCUUCAUCAUCGUCAAGACCAUGGUGGAUAUUGACCACAAGAACCCCCUGGUGGCGGCCAGCUGGCAUCUGUGCAUCGCCCUGGGCUACACCAACAGCAGUCUCAACCCCGUGCUGUACGCCUUCUUGGACGAGAACUUCAAGAGGUGCUUCAGGGAUUUCUGCCUGCCCUACCGCUCCCGCAUGGAUCAGAACAGCUUUUCCAGAGUGCGCAAUAGUACGAGGGAGCCUGUGUCUGUUUGUGCUCCUGCGACGAGAGAGAGGCCGCCCGCCUGACUAGGCAUGGAUCAGUGGGGGGGGACAACAGUCCAGGAUGACCUCCAGACUGAGGUCACACAGGUCUCCACCACUGGAGUUUGAGUCUGCAGAUGAAGGCUUUUGACCUACCAUCCAUGUAAAUGAUAGAUUGUCUUUGUGGUUUCAUUUAAUGAAACCCUUCUGUCUUUUUUAGCUUUGUGAGACACAAUUGUUCAAGGAGUCUCACAGGAUGAUCACAAAAAUGCCUGUGCGUGCCUGUGAGAGUAUGUUCACCUGUUAAAGCACAUGCAUGAAGCACCCACACACAAACAGUGCCAGUAUUAGGACAGUGAUAUGUUUUGCACUGAUUUGGCCCCACUUCAACAAAAAAUUAACUAAUAAAUAGGAGGUUAAAGUUUUGACUGUCAUAUUUAAGAGUGUUUGUAUGUAUUCGCAUCCAUAUUAGGCGAACAGGGCCCUGUGUACGCACAGUCCCACACUGGUCAGAUUUUCAGGAAAGGACAUUGAUCCUAAACACACAGACAAGGCCACCAAGGAGUCUUUUUAUGGCCAAAUGGUGGGCAAUGUAUGAUUGGCCAAGUUAGUCACCUGACCUUAAUCUUCAUGGGUUUCACUUGAUGAAGACCAGACUGACUGGAAAAAUCCCCUGUAGCAGCAAGAAGUGAUGAUGGCAGCAGUACAGAAACAACAUCUAUAACAGAAUAUUAUUAAACAUGAAGACUUAUGUUAGCUUGUGAAAUUACUUUCUAUUUCCUGAAAUCUGAGGGCUACAAUUCUCACACUGUUCCUCUGAUGUGGAUGUAAAUACCCUCAAACUACAGCCAAGUUUGUCAUAGUUUCACUUCAUGUCCAAUGUGCUGGAGUAGAGAGCCAACACGAUGACAUCACAUAACAUGUCUCUGUCCUACCACUUUGUGACUGCACUGUACAACUAGGCUGGUUAUCGUAUUGUCACUCAGCCUCAUUGGGGAGAUAAUGAGAAUCCAAUAAUGUGAAUGUUUAGCUGAGACUGUAUUUUCAUUGUGAUAUUUAAAUUAGAGGAUGUAACCAAUUUCAUGCUCACUCUUGUGAUGGUAAGAGGAGAAAUAAUUACAGACGAAGGACACUCAUAUAAUUAAGAACAAUUUUAAAGGAGGUGAAACUUGAUAUGACCGCAGCACCAAGCCUCUAUGUAUUUUUUCCUACUUUUAUCCAUCUGAUACAUCAUGAAAGAUGCUUGUGAAAGACUUCCUUAAUGUGAAAAUACAAGCAGAGAUGAGUCCCUGCAUAUAUUCACCAUGAACAUCAUUGUUCAGCUGACACAUUGUUUCCGCUCCUCUUGCAGUUACACAGCUCAGUUUUUUUUUUUUUUAUACAACCAAAACUUUCAGCUGACAA